UUGAACGCUAGAUGUGAAGCGAAACAGGUGAGACGGGCUAUUGAAGGAGCUCUUCAUGACUUGAAACUAAAACUGCCUCAUCGUUUGGCGAGCCCCCAAGCAAUCAAGAUGAUGUCGUGCGUUCCAGACCUCUCUAGAUGCAUUGCAGGACUGAUUAAGUCCUCCACAGACGCAUCGUUCCAAGCCCAGUGCGCAUCACUGUUGGGAUUGCUACCGUCAGAGACUCACAAACUAGAAGGCCAGAUCAGUGACAAGCUGAGUUCAAUCGUUAUAGACACUGACAAUUCAAACUCCGGAAAACUUAUCGCCUGCGACAACUUAGCAAAAGAAGCCGGCAGUGACACUGACAACUCAAACAAGGGAAAACUAAUCACCUACGAAAACUUAGCAAUAGAAGCCAGCAGUGACACCGACAAGUCUGAUGCUGAAGACUUCUUUACAACUCCGUAAGAGAGGCAAGCGACUUCUGGCUUUGAUCUUCGGAGAUCUGCGGAUGGGAUGGCUCUGAUAUUGACAGUUCAAGUGGGUCUAGCCGACAACGACAAGGAUCUCGGACAGGAGAGGUUCUGCAGUAAUACCGAAGCUUACGCGGCUCUUCUCCGACGCUGUGCGAACGAGAGAAACUUGGUCGAUGGGAAACGUGUACACGAACAUCUCCGACGCUACGGUUACGAGAAUGAGACCUUUCUCGGCAAUCUUCUCGUCCAGAUGUACGGGAAGUGUAGCAGCAUCGACGACGCCGCCCUCGCCUUUGACAGCAUUCGCAAGAAAGAUCUCUUCUCUUGGAACAUCAUGAUCGCUGCAUUCGCCGAGAAUGGCUGCUUGGAUCGGGCCGUGGCUGUUUUCAAGGCGAUGCCGGACAGAGACGUGGUCUCCUGGAAUGCCGUGAUAGCAGCGUACGCAAACAACGGUCAGCUCGACGGGGCGUUUCAGAUUUUUGCAAAGGUACCGCAGAAAAACGCAGUGUCAUGGAACGUCUUGAUCGCGGCGUAUGCCCAGAACGGGUACCGCAGGAUGGCGUUCAUCCUGUUCUGGACAAUGAGCUUGGAUGGUACCAGGCCAAACGAGAUCAGCUUCAUCAACAUCCUCGAGUUGUGCUCGAUCGGCCAAGGCAGGAUCAUUCACUCGGUCCUGGUGAGCACCGGAUUGCUGGUAGCGUCUGCCAAAGUCGCCAACGCAGUGAUCACCAUGUUUGGGGAGUGUGGAAGCGUGGAAGAAGCCGAGCUCGUGUUCCAGGGAGCGGAAGAUCGCGACGUUGUCACUUGGACCGCGAUGGUGGCGGCGUAUGCUCAGAACGGACAGAUGGACGAAGCGAGAAGCCUGUUCGAUCGAAUGCCGGUGAAGAACGUCGUGUCGUGGAACGUGAUGAUCUCCGCGUAUGCCCAAGCCGGGCAUACUGACGAAGCUCUGGAGGUUUUCCAGCUCAUGGAGCCGGCCAGGAUCAAGCGCAACAGGGGGACUUUUGUGGCUGUUCUUGCCGCUGGCCUCGACUUGGAGCAAGGGAAGAAGAUCCACGACAGCGUUCACUCCAGUGGAUUGGAAAGGAACGAGAUGGUCGCGACAGCGCUGCUGAGCAUGUAUGGAGCUUGUGGAAGCACCGAUGACGCCAGGCAGGUGUUCGAGCAGGUCCCGAAGCUCGAUCUGGUUUGCUGGAACGCGAUGAUCACAGCCUACGUCCAGAACGAUCAAGGCCGGGGGGCGCUCGAGGUCUUCCACCGGCUGGAGAUGGAAGGCGUCAAAUGCAACGAAGUCACUUACCUUGCGGCUCUCGACGCCUGCGCCUGCCUCGCGGUCCAGUCCGAAGGAAGAUCGCUCCACAAGAGAGUCUCCGAGGCCGGGUUGCUGCUCACGAGCUUCAAGGUGGCGAACUCUCUCGUCAACAUGUAUGGGAAGUCCGGGAACCUUGAAGCCGCGGAGGAGAUCUUCGAGAGCAUGCCGAGCCGGGACAUCUCCUCGUGGAACGUUUUGAUGACGGUCUAUGGACACAACGGGCUGGGGGACUUGGCGGUGGACCGUUUCACGGAGUCGUGCUUGGAAGGCUUUGAGCCGGACUCCAUCACUUUCCUGGCGGUGCUCCAAGCUUGCAGCCAUGCCGGACUGCUCGACACCGGCGUGGAGCUGCUGGUCUCGAUCCAGGAGGACUGGGGCAUUGACCCGACGCAGUACCACUACCUCUGCGUCGUGGAUCUGCUGGGACGAUCCGGAGAGCUUGUCAAGGCCGAGGCUUUGAUCAACAACAUGCCUUUCGAGCCGGAGGAGGGAGCGUGGAGAUCGCUCCUCGGGGGGUGCCGGGUGAACAGCGACGUUGGUCGAGGCGAGCGAGCGACGCAGAGGUUGCUGGUGAUGUCGGAGGAUUCGUCGCCUUACGUGCUCAUGGCCAACAUCUACGCGAGCAUCAGGAACUUCGAUCUGGCCGAGAGGCUGAGGAGCGUCAUGGCGGAUCGAAACGUGAAGAAGCAGCCGGGGCUCAGCUGGAUCGAAGUGAGGGGGCGGAUCCACACUUUCGCCGCGAAUGACAAGCUCCAUGCCAGGAAGGAAGAGAUCUACGCUGGACUGGAUCGGCUCUUUGUGGAGCUCCAGCGAGAAGGAUAUCGGCCGGACACGAGAGUAGCGCUCUACGAUGUGGAGGAGGAGAAGAAAGUGAGGAUGCUGCUCCAUCACGGCGAGAAGCUGGCCAUCAUGUUUGGAUUGAUGAGCACACCGGAUGGAAGUCCUCUGUUCGUGCUCAAGAACUUGAGAGUUUGCGCGGAUUGCCACGCCGCCACCAAGAUCAUCGCCAAGAUCACCAAGAGGAAGAUCGUGAUGAGGGACGCGAGUCGAUUCCACCACUUUGAGAAUGGUAAAUGCUCGUGCUGUGACUAUUGGUAAGCCUCUUGCUCUCAUUUUUAAAUAGGUUUACGCGCGAAUUUUAAAUUCAAAAGCCUUAAAUCGCGGGAAAA